GACAAGCCCCGUGCAAUGGGUGGAUGUGUAGAAAAGGCGGAUAAAUAACUCCGGAGUUGGAACAAUGCGUUUUGGUGAAGCGCCGGAGAAGGGGGAGGGCUCUUUGGGCUCGCUGUGGGGUAUCUGUCGAUGUGCGGUGCGGGGACGCGUUUGCGUCAGUCCACUGAAUUUAAGGACAGUGUGAUUGCGAAGAGGCAUUAUGUAUCUGUUGUAUCGUUGAGUGCUGUCGAACAUUUUGUUACACUGGAGAUUCGAUUGAAAGUCUCGAAGGUUUGGACUGGGAUUGAAGAGUUCAAGGUCGCUUUGAGCCAACCCCAAAUCAAUCUAAAGAACCUGCGUGAACUCUGCUUCAGUGGCAUCCCCUUUGAAGGCGGGCUGCGGGCUCUUUGCUGGAAGAUCCUGUUAAAUUACCUCCCCACAGAGCAGGCGAUAUGGGACUCGUUCUUAAAGAAACAGAGGGAAAUCUAUACCCAGUUUUUAAGGGAGAUGAUUAUCCAGCCAGGAAUUGCCAAGGCUAAUCUGGGAUUCUCCAGAGAGGACGUGACACUGGAGGACCAUCCGCUCAAUCCGAACCCAGACAGUCAGUGGAACACCUACUUCAAAGAUAACGAGAUUCUGCUACAGAUAGACAAAGACGUCAGGAGACUCUACCCGGACAUGGCGUUCUUCCAGCGGCCCACGGAGUACCCCUGCCUCCUGAUCCUCGACCCCCAGAACGAGUACGAGACCCUGCGGCGGCGCGUGGAGCAGACCUCCCUGAAGGCACAGACUGUGGCCAGGAACCGCAGCGGGGUCACCAACGUGAGCUCCCCGGGGAAGGCCGUGUGCACCUACCCGUCGAACGAGUACGAGGUCCUGCCCAGCGGCAGCGAGGCUCACUGGGAGGUGGUGGAGCGGAUCCUGUUCAUCUACGCCAAGCUGAACCCGGGCAUCGCGUACGUUCAGGGAAUGAACGAGGUCGUGGGACCCAUCUACUAUACCUUCGCCACGGACCCCAACACCGAGUGGAAAGAGCACGCGGAGGCCGACACCUUCUUCUGCUUCACCAGCCUGAUGUCUGAGAACCGGGAUAAUUUCAUCAAGAGCCUGGACGACUCCCAGUGCGGUAUCACGUACAAGAUGGAGAGCGUGUACUCCACGCUCAAACAGAAGGACGCCGAGCUCUAUCUCAAACUGCAAGAGCAGAAUAUCAAGCCGCAGUACUUCACCUUCCGCUGGCUCACCCUGCUCCUGUCCCAGGAGUUCCUGCUUCCCGACGUCAUCCGAAUCUGGGACUCCCUCUUCUCUGACCAGGAGCGCUUCGACUUCCUCAUCCUGGUCUGCUGCGCCAUGCUCGUUCUGAUUCGAGACCAGCUGCUGGCCGGAGAUUUCACAGUGAACAUGAGGCUGCUGCAGGAUUACCCGAUCUGUGACGUGCACACCAUCCUGAAGAAGGCAAAGGAUCUGCAGGACGGUGCAUAGGAGAGUGCCCCCCCCUCCACCCCCUCUGCACAGCCCCCUUCGAUCAGCCAAAAAACAAAGAAAGAGGACGAUGACACAACAGUGUAGCAGUGCGUUCUGGGAGAAGACGCCACAUUGCCGUGCAUUGUGGGAGCUCUUUCGCUAGCUCUGCGCCUCGACUGUUUUCGCUCUGGCGACCGAUCCAGAUGGUAUUCCCUUUCAAACUGUAUUUAUUUUGCACUGAAGACUUUAAACCAAAAAAAAAAGAAACAAAACACACAUAGAAGGUUUGAAAACGCUCCAUUUUAAAUUACAGAGGGGUUUCUCUGGGUCAGUUGCUGUUUUUUCUUUGUUUGUUUUUAUUGCUCUAUGUGUAGAUCCUAUUAAUCCUAAUGUUUUUUAAUGAUGAAACAGUGAAUUGGGGCUCCCUCGAGGUAUCCCUAACUUGGUGCUGGUUUUUGGUGUUGUCAUUCUGAUGCAGAACGUUGGGGGUUCGGGAGUUCUAUUUGGGUUCCGGUUCCGAGACGUUCCCCAGCUCCUCCUAUAUUAAGCUGUCUCUGCGUCUCUCUUGCUGCCUGUCCAGCAUUCAGCCUGAAGGCGUGUCGUGUUUCUAAAUGCCUGAGAUAGAACCACUACAAACAUGAAACACAUGAAGAAUUAACAAGCUGGCAUUGCAGUGCAUUUAGGUGUCUCUGUUAUAUCAGUGCACUCCUGUAUAUCAGUACAGUGUGUUGGGUGGAAGUUAAAUGUUUUUUUUUUUCCCCCAACUAUAUGAUUAUAUAUAAGCUUUAUCCUACUACAAAAAAGGGGGUCAAUUUCAGCUUUGGGACCUCCUUAAGGUAAUAUGUCUUCAUUUAUGUGCAACCAAAAGAGUCAUUUUUAGAAGCGGACACUCCUCCGAUUUGGAGACUCUGCACUCAUUGCGUCUGUUUGUUUUAAAGUCUCAGGUAUGCAUUGCAGGCAUUGCAUAAAAACAAGCUCUUGUGCAGCUGGCAGGGUUAAAACAAAUGAGUUGGUGGAUGUUAAUCCUUGAAAGAGGCCUUAUCUCCCAUGCUAGGGUGGUGAACAGUUGGUUAGUUUAAUGUUUAGCUAGAAGGAGAGCGGUAAUCACUGGAGGCUUCUUGGUACGCCACCCUGGGCCAGUUGCUGAUUUGGAAAUAGGAGCGAUCGUGCCUCUCAGUCCUUCGCUUUUAAAGAGGGGACAGCAGUUUCUUACUCUCCUGAACAGACCAGCUUUCUUUAGUCCCGUUUAUCUGGCCUCAACAGGUAAUAGGAGCUGGAAACUCCCAUUGCUGAACGAUUAGGUGAGGUCAAGUCAGGGGUCCAGGAUCUGGGAUACCUAAUACCUGCUGCAAAGGGAGUGUGAAUCUGCAGAGCGGUGGGACAGGGCAAAAUGAGCUGCACCUCGAUUUCAAAAUGAAAAGGAGGAGUCUGGAAAUCCAGGCAAAGGGAAAAAAAAAAAAAAACGAGAAGGGGCUUGCAAGACAGUCGGUGCUUUUUCAUAUCUGGGGUAAGGAAGGCUGAUCAGUGAUCUCCAGCCCUGUCUGUAUGAACACUAGAAUUGCUUACAAAGCUGAAGGCACUACUUUUUAUUGAGCUGCGGCAGGUGAUCUGCACCUCUGGAACUACAGUCGUUGUACACCCUGCUGCAGAGGCACAGUAUUGCAGCUGCCUCAUAUACACAAGCCCUCCUUUAUACACAGAGUGACACCCUUAACCCUUAUAGAACUAGCCCUAUAGAACCACAGAAAGGAAGGUGCCUCUUACACGUAGCAACACUAACUCCUUUGUGUUAAAAAUCGCUUGCUGGAUUGCGAGGGGUAGGGAGACGUUGAUGCAGCAGAUUUCAGGCUCCGGACAGCACUUCGCUGUAAUGGAACGUGGCUAAUCUUUGUAGUGGUUUUGUGUCUCGCUGUGCCUUGCAUUCGGUGCUGUGAUUGCAGGUCGUUGAUUGUGUUGCACCGUUCUUUGUCAUUUUACAGGUGGUGUAAAUGUGCCUUUUUUUAAAUUUUCGUUUUCAGUGCUGGGUCGUAGGCUCCGUGUGCUAGGGAUCCAAUAGAACACUACGGCCGGUAUUUCUGCUGAACUUGCUGAACAUAAGGGGGUAGUUUUUAAAUGUUUUUAUUCUAAUGGGCGGAAAUAAGAAAAACUGGCUAAGAAUGUAGUAAAGUCCAUCCUGUUCUUUUGCCAGAAAAUAGCUUACAGUAACCACCAGCUAGUCCUAGGCGUUGAUGUCAAGUCAGCUUCCAAAGCUGUACCCUUCCUGAUUUCUGUAUUGUCACACUGAGCACUGGUCCUGGCCACUCCAGCGCUAGUACCUCGUUUCUACAGAACCGGUCUUGGAGGCUAGUGGAAACGGUACCAUGUCAAGCUACUGGGAUUCAGUGCGGAUCUGUUGGCCAGUAGAAAUGACUGCAAGUAAAUUGCUACAGAAACGGGUUUAUGAAUCCAUGAACAAAAUGUGAGUGUGUUAGCCAGCGAAACGGAACAGCUCGCACAUCUUGUUCCUCUCUGGCUUUAUCAAUGGGCCAGUAAGCAGCAUUAACAGCAUCUGCAGGCAGCAGUGUAGCGUUAGGCCGUGGCAUCACCUGCUGCUGCACAAUUCCACUUGGGCACGGUUGGUGUCGGAUGGGCACGGUUGGUGUCGGAUGGGCACGGAUGGUGUUUGAUGGGCACGGAUGGUGUCGGAUGGGCACGGUUGGUGUCGGAUGGGCACGGAUGGUGUUUGAUGGGCACGGAUGGUGUCGGAUGGUGUCAGAUGGGCACGGUUGGUGUCGGAUGGGCACGGUUGGUGUCGGAUGGGCACGGUUGGUGUCGGAUGGGCACGGUUGGUGUCGGAUGGGCACGGUUGGUGUCGGAUGGGCACGGAUGGUGUCGGAUGGGCACGGUUGGUGUCUGAUGGGCACGGUUGGUGUCGGAUGGGCACGGUUGGUGUCGGAUGGGCACGGUUGGUGUCGGAUGGGCACGCCCGUGCAGUGGCAAAUUGUGUUCUGCAGCUGCAGUAUUUAUUCUUCAUUCUGUUAAGUAGAUUUCUGUACCGAACAGUUUCCAGUAAGAAAUCUACAUUUCUAAAAUUCUUAAGAAAGGACUUUUGAGAGAACAGUACGGUAUAUUUGGCCACAGUUGACGAUGACAUUGUUGCAGGACAGUCUUGAAGCCCGACGUGAAAUGGCCGUUGCCUCAGACGUGUGAUACACUGAUUUAAGAAAAUAAAUCCCACAUUGAAUUACGUUAUGAGUUAUUCCAGUUGUUGUUUUGAAGGAGGCAUGGUUAAUCCUGAUGGGGCGGGUCAUUGGGCAUGGUAAAGCACUGAUAGUGACAAUGUAAAUCACUGUCCAUGUCUCUUCAUUCAGGGUGCUUUGCUUUGGGUCCGGCUCCCCCUAUUGGCCUGGUUCUCCUUUGUUGGCUUCCCACACAUAGACUGUGCAGUACAAUAAAGUCAAAUAAAGGGUCAGUUCAGCCGCUGGGAUUAAAAAGUUGAGAGAGAAAAAAAAGAUGAACUGAACUGAGUUAGGUGGACGAGAUACUAAUUUAUUUUAACCCUUUAUUGCCUGUAACGGGUUCUAUGUUUGAAAACCGGUGCAGGUUCUUCAUGUCUGUGAACCACAGGGAGCUCAUUUGACAAGAAUCGGCAACUUCAGUGCUCUCUCUCUCUCUCUCUCUCUCUCUCGCCUUGCGGUAAGUUAGGGAAUGGUGAUUCUUGCUGCUCGAUGCUGCCAUCUGGUGACGGCCUUAGUGUAUGACAAGAAUCAAUUGUGUUGCGUGAUUGGGAUCAUUAAUUGGGGUGUGGGUGUAAUAAUAAUUUU